AUGGCGUGGCGGAGGAGUGGCGCGCUGCUGCUGGCUGGUGGUGCGGCCUUUGCGGCCACCAGCACCGCCCUGGCUCUGAACGACAAUUAUUCUCCUCGCUGGAUCCAUGACCGGCUGCCCAGCCGCGCAGAGCAGCUGCACCGGCUGUCGCAGGGCACGGCGGCAAACCCUUACGACGUGCUGAUCAUCGGAGGCGGUGCGACUGGCACCGGCUGCGCCGUGGAUGCCGUCACCAGGGGCCUGCGCACGGCGAUGGUGGAGCGCGAGGACUUUGCGGCGGGGACCAGCUCGCGGUCCACCAAGCUGGUGCACGGCGGCGUGCGCUACCUGGAGAAGGCCUUCAAGGACCUCGACUUUGGCCAGUUCAAGUUGGUGUUCGAGGCACUACACGAGCGAGGCGUACUGCUGCGCAACGUGCCGUACCUCUCCAACCCGCUGCCCAUCAUGAUGCCAUGCUACAAGUGGUACGAGGCGCCGUACUUCUGGGCUGGCCUGCGGGCGUACGACCUCAUCGCCGGCAGCGAGGGGCUGGAGUGGUGCCGCUACCUCACGCCCUCCCAGGCGCUGUCUCGCUUCCCCACGCUGUGCUCCCACCGCCGCGACGGCGCCGCCCUCAAAGGCGCCAUCGUGUACCACGACGGCCAGUUCAACGACUCGCGGCUGGCGGUGGUGCUGGCGUGCACGGCGUCGGCGGCGGGCGCCACUGUGCUCAACCAUGCUGAGGUCACCCGCCUGCUCAAGGACGGCGAGGGCAAGGUGGUGGGGGCUGUGGUGCGGGAUGUUCUGGCGGGCAAGGACCAAGCCGUGUAUGCCCGCACCAUCAUCAAUGCGGCGGGGCCCUUCUCAGAUGAAGUGCGCCAGCUGUCAGAGGUGAGCCUGCAGGGCGGAGGCUCCUUCGGCGGCGGCGGCGGCGCCAGGCCGGACUGCAGGGCAGGCGCCGCAGGCCCCAAUGCCCCCAAGAUGAUCAUGCCUAGCUCUGGGGUGCACGUCACGCUGCCAGACUACUACUCGCCUGAAGCGGUGGGCAUGAUAGUGCCCAAGACCAAGGAUGGACGGGUGGUGUUCAUGCUGCCCUGGCUGGAGCAGACCAUUGCGGGCACCACAGACUCGUCCACAGAAGUCACCAUGAGGCCACAGCCGACCGAGGAGGAGAUCCAGUUCAUUCUGGAUGCCAUCUCAGACUACCUCACAGUAAAGGUGCGGCGCUCGGAUGUGCAGUCUGCGUGGAGCGGCAUCCGGCCGUUGGCGCUGGAUCCCAACGCAUCAGACGGCUACUACCCCGCUCUGUUCACCGAGGUGGCUCAGAACUAUACCGUGCCGCACCGCCCCGGCGCCAUCGACACGCGGGUCGCCAAAUACCUCGUGGCCGCGUACGGCGACCGCGCGGGGGAGGUCACGCGCAUCGCGGAGCAGCGCAGGCUGGGGAAGCGCAUCGUGAGGGGGUACCCCAUCCUGGAGGCGGAGGUGGUGUACGCGGUACACAGCGAGUACUGCGAGACCCCCGAGGACUUCAUCGCCCGCCGCACCCGCCUCGCCUUCCUGGACAAGCUGGCCUGCGAGCAGGCGCUGCCAAAGGUGGUGGAGCUGAUGGCGGGGGAGAAGGGGUGGAGCCGGCGGCGGGCGGCGGCCGAGCUGCAGCGGGCGCUCGCCUUCCUGAAGACCUUUGAUGCCGAGGCCACGAGGUAA